CCUAUUUCUCCUUCAUCAUCUUCUUCUUCUCUCCGUCUCUUUGAAUCAAAUUCCCUUUAAUUUUCCACAAAUUUCGUUUCCAUUAGAUUCUCUCUCUCUCUCUCUCUCUCUCUCUCUCUCUCUCUCUCUCUCUCUCUCUCUCUCUCUCUCUCUCUCUCUCUCUCUCUCUUAUUUUCCCUUCUCUUUCCCAUUCCAUUUCCAUUUCCUCUCUAAUUCUUUUUUUUCAAGAAUCCAAAAACCCACUUAACCUUUUUUCUUUCCUCAUAUUAUCUUCCCAGAUUUAGGGUUUCUCUUCAACGCUAUAAUUUUUUUUGUUGCAAUUUUUCCCCAUUCAUUGUAUUAUUCUUUUAUUUUUUUUAAUUACAAAGGGGAGACUUUUGUUGAAAAAAAUACUUGUUCCAAGUGUUUUCCAUAUAUAUGAUUGAUAUUAGGUAUUAGGGUUUUGAAGAUUUUUUUGUUUGUUUCUGGGGUCACCAGAAAGAAGUCAUUUUUGGUAAUUUCUUUUGGUUUUUUCUGGAUCUGAGGGUAAUUUCAAGAUUUAAACCUGUUUAGUUGAAUUGGGUUUAAGUGAAAUCAAGAAAAGAUUCAAUCUCUGAGUAUGGAUCAUGUGGUAGGUGGCAAGUUUAGGCUAGGCCGAAAGAUCGGUAGUGGAUCUUUUGGGGAACUUUAUUUAGGAGUCAAUGUACAAACUGGAGAAGAAGUUGCUGUUAAGCUGGAAUCAACUAAAACAAAGCACCCUCAACUUCAUUAUGAAUCAAAGCUGUAUAUGCUUCUACAAGGAGGAACUGGAAUUCCACACCUCAAGUGGUUUGGCGUUGAAGGUGAAUACAAUGCCAUGGUUAUUGACCUUCUUGGGCCAAGUUUGGAAGACUUGUUUAACUAUUGCAAUAGGAGGUUCACUUUAAAGACUGUGUUAAUGCUGGCAGAUCAAUUGAUUAAUAGGGUUGAAUAUAUGCACUCAAGAGGAUUUCUUCACCGCGACAUUAAGCCUGACAACUUCUUAAUGGGUUUAGGGCGUAAAGCAAAUCAGGUAUACAUCAUUGACUAUGGUCUUGCCAAGAAGUACAGAGAUCUUCAGACGCAUAAGCAUAUUCCAUACAGGGAAAACAAAAACCUCACAGGAACGGCUCGUUAUGCUAGUGUUAACACCCAUCUUGGAGUUGAGCAAAGUAGAAGAGACGAUCUGGAGUCACUCGGUUAUGUGCUUAUGUAUUUUUUGAGAGGAAGUCUGCCGUGGCAAGGUCUGAAAGCGGGCACCAAAAAGCAGAAAUAUGACAAGAUUAGUGAGAAGAAGAUGCUUACACCUAUAGAGGUGCUUUGCAAAUCUUAUCCCUCAGAAUUCAUAUCAUAUUUUCAUUACUGCCGAUCAUUACGGUUUGAUGACAAGCCUGAUUACUCAUACCUGAAGAGGCUAUUCCGAGACCUUUUUAUUAGAGAAGGUUAUCAAUUUGACUACGUAUUUGACUGGACUAUAUUGAAAUAUCCACAGAUUGGCUCUAGUUCAAGAGGACGACAACCUACUGGGAGAUUACCUGUGAACCCAGGACCAUCCGCUGAGAGAGCAGAAAAGAUUCCUGGUACUGUUUUAAGAAACUUUGGCUUAAGAAGUAACAGCUUGAAUUUCUGAUAGUGUGUUCAUUGAUGUUUAGGCUCAUGGUGCUUGUCCUUUGUCUCCAAUCUAAUUUAUGCUUUUUGUAAAAUAACCAAUUAUUGGGAGCGGAAUAGCAAUAUAAGCCUCUUGAGGGGGAAGAGAGAGAGAGAGACGUAUGGUGCUCAAGUAUGUGCAUAGACUAAAAGUUGGAUCUACCCUAGUCUGGGGGAAUGGGU